AUGGCAUCCCGGCCUCGGCCCCAGUCGAGCCGCAACAUCGAGCGGUCCUGCGCCGUAUGCCACCGCCGAAAGGUCCGCUGCGACAAGAAGCUGCCCUGUAAUCAGUGCAUACGCGGUGGGUUUCCGUGUUCGUAUCCUCCUGUGCAAGAUGUGAUACGCCGGACGCGCAAGACCACCAUCAGCGAUGUCGCCACUCGAAUAUCCGAGAUGGAAAAGACCAUCGAGGCUUUCAAGUCUGGUCAAGCUUCUCCACAAGUACCACUACCGACUCCAUCAACAGCACUCCCUGCAAGACAGAGGAUUUCACCAGCAUCAGAAACCUCAGAGGGGAACCGCCGUGAGGGUCUUUUAUUGAGCAAAGGCCGAGUUAGUCACUAUGUGAAUGAAGUUCUCUUUUCUCGUGUUAUCGAACAGGAACACGAUGUACGGACAGCUUUGGCGACACCGAGGAGCGAGUCUCCUCCGAGCAGCACAUUUGCUUCACCAUUCAACCCCAUGGGUCUUAUUUCAAAUACUUCCUCCACAGUACCUCUUGCCAGCUUCCAUCCUUCAAGGUCACUCGCCAUGAAGCUCUGGAAGAUGUUUAUGGAAAGUGUUGACCCUUGCACCAAGAUCAUGCAUGUUCCAACCACCGAGGUGCGAGUCUAUACAGUGCUGCAGGAUCCUUCCAAGGCAUCGGCCGAAAACCUAGGAGUCUGCUUUGCCAUCUAUUAUGCUUCGGCCACCGCUCUUGACCGAGAUGCGGUAGAGACCUUCUUGGGGGAGGACAGGCAAACAGCUCUCCAUCGUUACAAGGCAGUCUACCUAGCAGCCAUGCGAGUCAACAACUCGGGCCGAGCAGUCUGGAUAAUGAACGGUCUUGCCCUCCGAGCGGCGCAAUCUAUGGGUCUUCAUCGAGACGGCCGGAAACUUGGGUUAUCCCCGUUCGAGUCUGAGAUCCGUCGACGAUUGUGGUGGCACUUCCUAGAACGAGACGGAAGAGGAGGAGAAGACUACGGCCUUCAGAAUCCAUCAGGUCCUAAUCCACUGUACUCGGUUGAUCAACCACGGAACCUCCACGACAGUGAUCUCUCCCCUGAGAUGAAGGAACUCCCCGAGUCAAGACCAGGCUGGACGCGCAUGACCCUAUCCUUGGUCAACAUACAAAUAGCACGAGCAUGGGGACGAUUAUUUCAAAUGGGCUGGUCCACAGAAGUAACGCCAGGAGAGGAUGUACGUGCAGAGGUGGUCAAAGAAGCCAGUAUCCGAGCCCACGGGAUCCUCCAAGGCUGCAACCCCCUCAUCCCAGAGCAGAUGAUGACAGUGGUGAUUGCCCGCUUCCUCGUGCAAAAGCUCGACAUUGUCAGUCGUCGACAGUGGCAGAGCCUACACCAGCCCGACGACCGAAACUUCUGGGCCACGGAGAACAACCUGCUCGAGGCCCUGAGUGUGCUGGAGCAGUGCAACAGCAUGUGGGAUGUAGAGGAUCUCUCGCCUUAUCACUGGAUCACUCGCGCGUUCCCGCAGUAUCACAUGAUCUUCUACAUCCUGAGGCAUCUAUGCGCUUGUCCGCGGGGGCCAAACGCAUCAAGGGCGUUUGAAGCGGUCGAAAAGCAUCUGGCGACUGUCAACAGGGGGGAGACGGGUGCUCACAGAGGCUUAAUGUGGACGGUUCUCACCACUCUGAGGGAAAGAGCCAUGGCGAUGAUGCAGAAUGAGGGCACAGAGGCGGAAAGGGAGCCACAGGUGUCGGAGAAGGGAGAUGGGGAGCAUCUAUUACCGCCGGACUGGGACACGGUGCUUCAAGAUUUUCCGUGGGAUAUGGAUGAUUUUAAUAUGACAUUUUGA